AUGCUGGACACGGCCAGGCAGCAUGUUGGGAGGAGCUCGGGAGCACGUUUUGAGGCAUUCAGCCGGCGGCGAACGACACGCCUGGUGGACGGUCCAGUUUCGGCCGCCCCCCGGCAGGAGAUCAAUUCGGGGGCCAAGUCGAUCAUCAAGGUGUUGGGCAAUGGCAAGACGGUGGUGCUCGAGGAUCCUCAGACCACGGCCGCCGACGAUUAUCUCAGGAUCAACAAGUCCAAGGAGCGGUCCUACGCCUUCGACGCUGCCUUCCACGAGGCGACAGGGACCAGGCAGGUGUACGAGAUGACCACGCGCUCGCUGAUCGGCGGCGUGCUUGAGGGGUUCAACGCAACCGUGUUCGCGUACGGCGCCACGGGGGCGGGGAAGACCCACACGAUGCUCGGGAACCCGAGCUCGCCUGGCAUCAUGAUGCUCACCUUGCUGGACCUGUUCGGAGACGCCCAGCUGCAGAAGGAGAAUCGCCUCUUCGAGGUCAAGUGCUCGUUCCUCGAGGUCUACAACGAGAACAUCCGCGACCUGCUGAGACCCGACGCCGACUACCUCGACAUCAGGGAGGAUCCCGUCAACGGCAUGUGCGUCGCAGGCAUCAGCGAGGUGGGCGGCCUCGAGAGCGCCAAGGAGAUCAUGGCCCUCCUGCAGCAGGCGAACCGCCACCGCACCACGGAGGCCACCUGCGCCAACGUCACCAGCUCCCGCAGCCACGCGGUGCUGCAGGUGGUCGUCGAGCAGCGCGACCGUACCUCCGACAUCGUAGCGCAGGUGAACGUCGGCAAGCUCUCCAUGAUCGACCUGGCGGGCUCGGAACGGGCCUCUCACACGCAGAACAAGGGCAUCAGGAUGAUCGAGGGCGCCAACAUCAACCGGUCCUUGCUCGCCCUUGGAAACUGCAUCACGGCGCUCAGCUCGUCCGUGUCUUUUGUGCCCUACCGGGACUCCAAGAUGACGCGGUUGCUGAAGGAUUCGCUGGGCGGAAACUGCCGCACAGUCAUGAUCGCGAAUCUGAGCCCUCAUCAUCUCCACUACGAAGACACCCACAACACCCUGAAGUACGCCAACCGCGCAAAGAACAUCAAGACGAAGACGGUGCGCAAUGUGGUGCGGGUCAGCAGCCACGUCUCCAAAUACAACGACAUCAUCAAGGACCUCAAGGGUGAGAUCGCGGACCUCCAGGCGAAGCUAACCACCCCGAACGACGUGGCCAAGUGCGUGCGGUACGACCCGAGCAUGUUCGCCGGGGGCGGGCCCGGGGCAGGGCGAGAGGCGGUGCACGUGCAGAGCGCGAAGUGGAAGCAGGAGCUGAUGCAGAACUUCGAGGAGCGCGUGCGCCUCAAGCGGCGCCUGAUCGACCUCGCCCACGUGGCGCAGACCCACAUGGUCAAGAAGAGUCACGCCCAGGUCGGCAUCUCCCAGUGGGAGUCGGCCCAGUUCGGUGGGGGGUCGCCAACCAGCCAGAUGCCCCAGCCGAUCCAAGGCCUUCACUCGCUGCUGCGGAACAUCAAGACAGAGAUGGCGCACACCGAGGAGACGACGCAGGGCCUGGAGGACAUGCUCGUGGAGAACCAGCGGAAAUUCGAGAAGUUGCAAGCCGAGCUCCCGACGCGCGUCCAGAACAAGGACAUGCGCGCCUUCCUGGGCCUCGUGUCGAGGAUCCACGUGCUGGAGGUGGAGAAUAUGGACACGCAGGAGAUGAACGCCGUGACCACGCCUCUGAUACACCAGAAGGAGCUCGAGGCCGAGGCGCUUCGGCUGCAGAUCCAGCUGCGGGACCGGGUCAUCGCGGACCAAAACAGGAUGUUAGCCGAGGAUCGCGACUUGGCCCCGUUCCAGAAGCCUGAGGGCUGGGUCGACGUCGUCCCCAAGGGCCUUCCGCUCUCGGGGGAGCUGCAGGCGCUUCUGGAGGACGACGGCGAGCUGGCCGCCCUCGGCGCAGGCGACAGGGCCGAGUCCAGGGUCGGCGACGCCGCCGGCGGAUCCGCCGGCUGCCUGCGGGACCAGCGCGGUUCCAGAGAAAGCCCGCCGUCCCUUUGCAGCAGCCCCGGCGUGGACUCCGCUUCCGCGGCUUCGGCCACGCAGCCGCUGGCGCCAUUGGCGCCGCUGCGCUCUCGCGCCCCGUCCAGGGCGGAGGGCCAAACCCAGGCGACGCCCGGCGGGGGCGACGGCGACGGGCAGCCCGCCGCGGGCAGCCCCGAGCCGCCCCGGGCGCCCAGCCCGCGCCCGCCGCGGUCGCCGGCGGAGCUGGAGGGUCGCGGGCUCGCCGUGCAGGGCCUGCACGAGGCGCCUCCCCGCGCCGCGCCGCCGCUGGACGCCUCGUGCCCAGAGCCGGCGGCGGCCGCGGCGGCCAAGGCGCCGCUCCAGCUGGCGCCCAGUCUGCAGGACCCCCUGCAGCUGGACGUCAGCGGCCACGGCCUCGGGCAGCCGCCAGCAAGCGCGGCGCCGCCCUCGCCGGCGCGGCGGGACCCGGAGGGCUGCAGCGCGCGCGGCGCGGCUGGGAGCCCGCGGGGCGUCCCGCGGAGCCUCGACGAGACGCGAUUGCCAGUGGCGCUCGGAGUCGAGGGGCAGCCGGCGUUGCCGGACAGCCGCCGGCGCUCCGAGGACGGGCCGCCGUCGGGCAGGCCGCGCGCGGAGGACGGCGCGGUGGCCGCUGCCAAGGAUGCCGGCGCCGAGCCCUUCUCCGCCGGCCAGCGCACGCGGCCGCCGAACCUCUCUGCCGGCCGGCGCGCGGGCGCCGACCGCAGCCGGGCGACCCGGGCUGCGGAGGCGCACAACGCUGCGGCCGAGAGGCGCGCCGCCCUCCGGGAGCGCGACAGGAGGCGCCAUGCGACGGGUUUGCAGGUGGAGGCGGUCGGGCUCCUCCAAGAGGGAGACGAGUCCGCGGGCUCCGCCGAGGCGGUUAGCGGCUCGAAGACUGCCGCCGACACCGCGGAGCGCGCCACCGCCGCGACCGUCCUCCUCGGCGCCUUCGCGGAGACCGCCCCGCGCACCGCCGCCUCGACCAGGGCAGCGGCCAGCUUGCUGCGCGCGGGCGGCGGAGGCGGCCCGCCCGACGACUGGGACAGUCGGGCGGCCCUUGCUGCCCAGCGGGCUGCCGAGCGCGGGGCCCAGCUCGCCGCGGCGCGCGCGGCCAACCUCAGCCGGUGCCACGCCGCGCUGGACGAGGUGCAGGUCGUGCUGACCAACCUGUCCGCGGAGCUGGCCGAGCUCCGCACCCUGCAGACGACGCCGUCCGAGCUGCACGAGGAGCCCGACACGCUCCUGUGGCACGCGCUUGGGGUGGUGCUGACCGCGGCGGCGGAGUUCUUCAGUGAGCUGGUGCCAGGACGGGCUGUCAGCUUCUACUACGAGGACGACCCGAGCAUAUGGCACGAACGGUUGCUGCUGUGGCCGUAUCCUGGCUCCUUUCCCAACACCUGCUGGAGCUGCCUCACGCCCGACGGCGACGUGUACCCCGAGGAGAUGGCGGCAGGGCCCGAUGGCGAUGGGCCGAGCCGCGUCUCCCUCACGAUCGGGGCGAUUCCUGCUGCUGUUCGCCCACCAGGGCGAGUCUACAGAUUUCGUGAAUAUCCUGCCGAGGACGACAUGAUCGACCUCUUUCGGGACGCUCGCCUGGCCGGCCGCAGCGCCGGCUUGCGCGAGCCCGAGCCGACGACCUUCAUGCGCGACGGCGGCCGGCCCUCCAGGAGCAUGACGGUCAGCUCAGGCUUCCUGCGCCGCACGCGGGGCAAGGGCCCGUCCGCUGCCGUGCCGCGCGGCCCACCUCCUGGCUUGCCUGUGGCCCCGCCCCCGCUGGACGCUGCGGGCGCUGAGCCAGGGGCGCUCGCCGACGGCGAGGUCGGGGGCACUCCGACCCCGAGGGGCGGCCCUGGCGCGGUCGUGCUCACGGACGAGCGGGCGGGCGACGUGGUCUGGGGGGAGAGUGGGCUCUACAGCACGACGGGCGGCUUCAUCGUCCCGAUCGAGCUCCACCCUGUCCCGCUGCCUGCCGAGGUGUCGGACAAGCUAGCUGACGACGACGCCCGCCUCCUCGGCCCUCUCCAGCGCACGCGGGAGGGCCGUAGGCACCGCGACUUUCGAGAUGCAGUGUCGGCCAUGAGGCAGGAGCAGCAUGACGACUUCCCGCUCGUCGGCGAGCGCAGCUUCAAGUGGCUGCGCGACUACAUCGUCGACCGCGGAGGCACACCUGAUGGCCGCCACACCAAGUGGAUGAUGGAGAGCGGCUGCACCAAGGACUCGGCGGCUGCGCACAUCCACGAUCUGCUCGGCUUCGCCAUCGAGAUGGCCGUCACCUACGACCAGGUCGACGGCUCCAACCUCGCCAGCAUGGAGGUGGUCUCACGGGCCUACCAGCUGAUCGAGGAGACCAUGGGGAGCAUGAAGAUCGAGGGCGUCGAGCACUACAUCGGCCGCCAGAAGCAGAGCGCCCGCCGCGGCGUCGCGAUGGCGCCGGGGGUCGCUAAGUACGCCACCGACCAGCUCGCCAAGGAGACGGAGAUCCAGAAGCAGAGGCGCAAGGCGCGCGAGGAGAAGUCUGCCCAGUCGGGCAAGGAGGACAAGGGGUGA